CAUAAUUUAAUCUGUCAGUGUCAAAAAUGAGGUAAUGUAAAAAUUAAGUAAACAAAACUCUUCUCUAUUCUAGUCAUUCAAAGUUAUCAAUUAUUGAAGAUUUUAAAAUGGAUCAAAGAUCGGCAAUAGGAAAUAUAUUCAGUGCAAUCAGAAGUCUACCUCAGGGUCACGAUAAACCAGUAAAACAAGCAUUCUACAAUGCAAUAGCUCUCUUAUUACUCUGUGUAUGCUGUGCAGCAGGAUAUGCAGUUUUCGUUAUCUUAGAACCCUUCGUAAAGCCCCUAAUGUGGGCCGUUCUGGUUGGAUCAGCUCUACAUCCUAUGAAACGUUAUCUGCGUUAUAAAUUUCAAACAUGGUUUCAAACCUUAGAAGCUAACAAUACUCCAAUUGUAUUUGGUAUCAUUCUCCUACCAAUAAACAUUGUAAAUGAUAUUUCGGAGUUUAUCGGAGAGAACAUAUGGAAACGUCUAAAAUUAAUUAUAUUGAUAGGAGUGACAAUUCCUAUUCUUGUUCUUAUUUACAAUUAUACUCCGAGAUUAAUUGUACGAAUACUAUGGCAGUUAGUGCUAUAUACUUUUAGUUCCCUUAAUUUUUUUAUCGAUAUAUCUUCCUUCUGGUUAGUGAGCUUUGUGCUGAUAGGAUACAUCUCCGUAGUAUUUUUGCUGUGGAGACCUGAUAACAAUAAGAAGUUCCAUUAUGCUUCCAUAGGUAUAUGGUUGCUGUGUUCAAGCUGUCUAGCCAAACAAUUUAGCUACUAUCAGUUACCUGUUUUUAUUGUAGCUCAGAUAAUAUUUUUUGGAGGUUUUAUCUCAGAAGUUUACGAAUACUACAGUUGUAUGAACAAAGAAGGUCAGUCCGUCACAUUAAUAGAAUCAGUAUCUUCAGUAUUGAAUGAACGACAAGUAGCUGAUGAAGAAAUGGAGCCGGUAGACCAAGACAACAUCGAAGAAAUCGCUGAUACUGUUGCACUACCAGAACCACCAAAAUUCGUUCAACCUGAUGGUCAAAAGGAAAAACAAGGAACUACAUCUGAUAAUCCUAGGGAUCCUUUAUCUUUAGAUCUGUUUGACAAUGGUAUUUCAGUAAGCAGUACUUCUCAGAAAGCAGAAGAUAGUAUAUUUAAGACGAAACCUCCUCUAAAAAGAUCGUUAUCCCAACCUUAUUUUUCUUCUAAGGGUACUAGUGAUUCUUCUUUUAAAUUCGGUAGGAAAAUAGGAUACUCCCAUUCAAGUCUUAUCGAUACACAGACUUACGAAAGUAAUUUUUACUUAAUGUCAGUUAUGUGGGCAUGCGUUGUAAUGUUGUUUUGGAAGAACAUUAUGUUAUUGUUCCUUCUACCAAUUCCCAUCUUAUUUUACAUUAUUAAAUACAUGGGUUAUUAUAUUGGCUUAUGGAAUUACAUGUAUGAAAAAUGCUGUGAUAUAUUUGAGAUAGUAGCAUCUUGGUGCCACCAAAGGCACGAUGCCUUAGUACCUGUGCCAAUUAGAGGCUUAUACCACAUUAUACACAAAGUAAACCAGUUGUUAAAAAACGCAGUCAAAGAUAGUAUAGAUACUGUUGCUAGCUGCGUUGUUAUCUUCGGUUUAAUUAUCUUCCUAGCGUGUGCUCUGCUUUUUAUUACUGUACAAGUUUAUGCAGAAGCCAUAAUGUUGGUUCAAAUGACUGGUUCUCUUAUUAACCAAACUGUUGUUCACAAUCCAGAACUGAAACAAGUUCUGCCACCUGCUUGGGAUGAUACUGUUGACUCAAUUUUAGACAACGCUUACAUGUAUGGCAGAGAAGGUAUAUCCAAAACAGUCAAAGGGUUGGUGUCCGAUGUCGAUCCUCUUAAAUCAGAGAAGUUAGAGAAACAAGUUCUGGAACUGUGGGAUAGAGUGUAUCAAAACUGGAUGUCUACGAAUGAUUCAAACGGUCCUAAAGUUACUGGCGAUGCUGUACAGACUACAUGGAACAAUUUUGUUGAAGACAUUCAAAAAUCACCUGAGAUGUUUAACUUGAAUGGUAUAAUGGAUUUUGGCAAACAAAAUAUUGGUACUUUAAUGUCUCUAAUGGAAUCUGUUUGGGGUAUUUUGAAAGGAAAUAUAAGUCUGAUUCUAGGUUCUUUCAGUACUUUUGUUUCGGUUUUGCUAGGUGGCGGUACUGCUGUACUGAAUUUUAUUUUAAAUGUAGUAGUUUUUUUAACAACUCUAUUCUAUCUCUUGAAUUGUAGUGGAGAUCUGUAUAAACCUGUUGCACUGUUAACAAAUUUCUCUCCGAGUGGGAAACGUUUUGGGCAUGCUUUGGAAGGAGCGAUUAUAGGAGUUUUCUCGGCCUCUCUUAAGAUGGCAGCAUUUUAUGGCAUGUGGACGUGGUUCAUCCAUAACUUGUUCGGCGUUAAAAUCGUGUAUUUGCCUACAGUUUUUGCAAGUAUUUUAGGCGCGGUACCUUUUCUUGGUACUUACUUGGCGUGUAUACCGGCAGUGCUGGAUCUUUGGCUAGCUCAAGAUAGAGGAAUAGAGGCAAUAAUCUUUGCUGGAGUACAAUUUUUACCCACCUCUGUUGUUGACACUACCAUUUAUAAAGAAAUAAAAGGAGGUGGUCAUCCCUACUUAACCGGUUUGGCCAUAGCAGGGGGCAUAUUCUGUUUAGGAAUGGAAGGGGCUAUUAUAGGUCCGAUGCUGUUGUGUGGACUGUAUGUAGCUAUAGAUUUAUCUUCCACGUUGUUUAAAGAAACGCCUUCUGAUGAGGCAAUGAAUUUGAGGUUGAGGCAUUUGCAAAGCACUUGAGUUUUUAUAUCUCGUUUUGAUUUUUGGUAAAAUAAGGCUUUUACACUGCUUACAGCUUUAAAGAAAGACAUUUUUAUAUUAAAUUAUGAUAUAUAAUGAUUAUAAUUAUCAUUUUUUACGCGCAACUUACAAGAUAUACCUCACAAGAUAUAACAUGAUGUUCAGUUGAAUCAUAUUACUUUGCUCAGUGCGUUCCUGCUUUAUAGUCAUCCAGUCUUUGCAAGCUCAGUGGUGGAUAUUCAUUUCCUGCAUUGAUAUCCAUAUUUGUAAAUUCGAAUAUUUUCAAUUAACGUUGCUUUCUUCUUUUUAUCUAUUUCAUUGUGUUAUUGUCUUAUGAGAUGAAUAUAUCAAAUUUCCGGAGUAGUAGUGGAAAACAAAUUUUUAACGUUUCCAUUUUCUUAAGAUCUGGAAAUGAUGGAAAUCAGAUGGAGCAAAAUCUGGCUAAUAAAUAGGAUCACUAAAUAAUAUCACUUAACAUGGUAUUAUUGAUCGCUUAAAGAUAUCGCUAAAUUCAAAAUGCAAUAGAAAUAAACAAACCAAGACACGUUAAAUGCUACUAGGAGCAUUCCCGAAUCAUAAUUUACGAUGUAUAAACUUUGGAAAUCAUGAUUUGGGAUUUACAAUUUAUAUACAUUGUAAAUUAUGAUUCGGGAGUGCCCCUAGUAGCAUUUAACGUGUCUUGGUUUGUUUAUUUCUACUGCAUCUUGAUUGUAAAUUUAGUAUACUAUUCAAUAUUUCCUGUAAUGAAUAAUUUACUUUGAAACUAUUCUAAGUACAGUUAAAAAUACAUCACUUUUAAAUAUUUCCUUAUGUUUCAUGACACGUACCAACGAAGUUUAUUAAUUCGGCACAUCAUGAACAUUUUCUUAUUUGAAAUUGUCGUUGUUUACUAUUUUUACUGGGAAACCACAAUUUUAAUUAAAAAUAUGUUUAUUUUUACGCUUUUUCUACUUCAGAAACCGUUCUCAAAAUACCUUUGUAUUUCAACGAAGUGGAAAUCGAAACGUGAAACUAAACAUAUUUUAAACCAAAAUUGUGGUUAAUUCCCAGUAAAAAUAGUAAAUUGUAUUAAGAGACACCAGUGGCGGAUCUAGAAAUUUGCCUUGGGAGGGGAAAUUUGAUUAAGGGGGGAACUUCCAAUGAAAAACCAACCGAAAGACAUAAAAAAGCAAAACUCAGAUUACUUAAAAAACAUAAAUAAUAACUUAUAGGCAUUAAGUUCCCUUACUUUUCCUAACUAGCGUGUUUAUUGGGUUGAAUUUGUCUCUCUGUGGUUUCGGUUUCAUGUUAGCUAAUAUAUUUUUAUGUUUGAACAA